UUAUUUAGUCCAUGUCCUUUGCACACCAUUGGCUUUCCAAGCGUAAUGACACCAGCGAGAUUCUCGCCGAUGGCACGCUGGCGCGACCCUCCAAAAACAACGAACUGCAGCGGAGCGUCUAUCUCUGGAUCGGAGUGAUAGACAUUUUCAUCUUCUCUGUGUCUACAAUGCUGUUCAUCUACCGAGGCCGCCGUACGCUCGAUAUCAACGCCCACGCAGUGCUGCUCACAAGCAUUGGCUCUUUCACAAUUCUAAUUGUCAACUCUUGCUUCCUGUUCCAGUUCGUGUGGCCAGGCAAUUUUCCCUGCUUUAUCAUCCUAUGGUGCGCCUAUCCGGGCGUCAUGCUAUGGAUGUCGUGCACGAUGGCUCGAGCCAUGCGCCUUUAUAUUCUUAGUUUCCGCAAUAUCCAGAAGCUCAAGGAGCGCAACAAGGCCGGCCAGAUGACCGCUGCACAGCUUUACGGAAAGGGCGUGUUGAUGGACAGCGGCAGCAAUGUCGACCCCAAUGAAAUUUCAACCAACCAGGAGCAACGGAACAUGACGUUCUUCCAGACCCGCGUGUUCGCUGUGCACAGGUGGUGGUCACAGAAGAAAGUCAGAAUCACUGAACGCCAUCUGGUCUACUACACGAUGGGUGUAACAAUGUUUGCCGCCGUCAUCUGCUCGGUCAUCCAGGGCCUGACUAAGAACCUGUCCAUCGUGCCCAUGAAGUACGCCCGGUGCGCUGUUGGCGUCUGGGAGUACUUCCCGCUGUACGCAAUGACCGCCGUCUACUGCAUCGUAUUUACGCCCAUCAUUGUAUACAACAUUUGGCCCAUCAAGGAUGCCUUUGGCAUCCGCCACGACAUUCUGCUCAACAACCUGUUCACCUUUGUGUGCAUUGCCAUGUUCAUGGUGCAGACCAACAAGGGUUUUGGUGGCCAGGAUCCCUUCUGGGACUCUUUCUUGUGGUGCGCCCUUCUGUUCAACAUGUCGCAGUUCACGUCGGUCAUUUUCCCGCUUAUUCGCUCGUACCGUCAGUCUGACAUCUUCACGUGGUCUGACAACUCGGGCCGCGCUGCCAGCAAGGAGCUCUUCUAUCGCGUGCUCAACCACCCAGAGCUCUUUGAAAAGCUCAAGAUCUACAGCGCCGCUAACUUUUGCACUGAAUACCAAGUGCUCAAGGCCAACACUGUGCGCUUCUACAACAUCGACGAGCCUACCUUUGGAAACGACGACAACACUAAUGGCGAAAACAACGAUGAUGAUGACAUUGGAAACGCUGCAGACAGCCAUAUGGGCGGCGAGGGUGCGUCCAGCCGCCCCAACCUGGCCACUGUUGGAAACAGCGCCAACGCAUGGGCUGCCGCCGCGGCCAUGUCUCCAAGCCAUACCAGCAAGAAUGACAGCACUAAAGACGCCCUGCGCCUGCAUCUCAACGGCACCAACAGGAGCAGUCCUAUUGCUGCUGACCUGCUGAGCAACCCGGAUACAAUCACAUCUCUGAGCGACGGCGCAUCCAUGUCAGAGAUUGACUACAGUGACAAGGCCGCUAUGAUGGGUGGGUCGCCGACAUACCAUAGCAACAACGAGAUGGGUUUUGCCAACGGCGGCCACACCCUCUCCAGCCAGUCCGGCCAGCAACAACAUCAGCAUAUGGCUGGAAACAACAGUGAUGCAUGCACUGGUAUUAACAUGCACGGCAUGUCCGACGGCGCCAGCCCGUCGACCGCCCCAUUUGGCAGCGGAUCUCCCAAGUUUGCCGGCAUUCUGCGCAUGUUUGGCCGCAGCGCGCCUACCACGCUGGACGCCGGUGACAACUCCCAAUGCAACGCUGACUUUUACAAGCCCUCAAACAUUGCCACCCUGGCUGUCGGUGGAACCGUCAUUGGCAACUUGCCCGAGCGCCGCAAUAGUCGCGGCGAGGACAUCAUGGUGAUCUCGCGCAUCCCGCCGUUUACGCCUGUGCGCUACACUGUUAUUUCCACGCUGGUUGAGACUCCUGCUGGUCUGAACCGUCUGGGCAACAUGGAGACGUUCAAAACUCUGCCCUUUGCGCUGCGCGGGGACUAUUACGGCUUCUACUCGACCUUUAUUGCCGACGGCGCGACGCUGCAGAUCAACCUUAUCGGUCGCAUUUCAGAGAGCAUCACGCGUUUGAUUCACUCGCAGCAGUAUACCGUCGACAUGAUGGACGAGGCACACACCGAGGUCCUGCAACUGCUGUACGACAACAUUUUCAAAAAGUUUGUCCGCCAGUACCACCGCGACAUGGCCAGCAUUAUGUGAGUGCAGGCCUACUGCCAAGUUCUCUUUAUUCAAUUAUUUUAUAUUUAGCUUUUUCCUUGUCAGUCUCUCUCCCCUUUUAUUCUAGUGCG